AUGAGCAGCUCGAAAGCCCUCCUUGCAUCUGCGCGCUCGGCUUACCGGUCGGCACUGCGCGCGUCCGCCACGACCUUCGCAGGGGACCACGUUGUCCGCACUGCGUUUCGAUUAAAAAUUCGCAACGAGAUGCUGCCGUACGAAACGACGACGGUCGACGAAGCGCAGUUCGCGGAGAAGGUCGCGCUGGUGCGGGACGUCGCGGACGUGCUCCGGAAGAACGUCGUCCAGGCGCGCCGCCUGGAUGGGGCGCAGACGGAGGAAGGGCAGGAAAAGUGGGCGCUCAACAUCACAGAGCACACGGAGCUUGGGUCGAAUGAUACAAUCAAGCAACCCAAGACGAUGGCAAAGGGCCCAGUGCUGCCAAUCAUGACCAGUGCUGACGAUUCGACACCGCCUACCCCGAGUGCGAAUGCGUCACCACGACCUCUGUACUACUCUCAGCUCAAGAAGGCCUCGAAGCAGCGUGUCAUUCCGGAGCUAAAAGAGGCGGACUUGGAGGAAUCUUUCGUACGAGGAAGCGGCCCUGGAGGUCAAUCUGUCAACAAGACUGAGAAUAAUGUGCAAUUGCUGCACAAACCCACGGGCCUUCGAGUGUCAUGUCAACAAACUCGUUCAUUGCUGGAGAACCGGAAGAUUGGAAGGAAGAUAUUGCUGAACAAGCUGGAUGCAUUGUAUAACCCAGGAAUAUCCAAGACGGACUUGCAACAAGCAAAACAGGCUGAACAGGAAAGGAGGAGGCGAAAGAAGGCUAAGGCCAAA